AUGCUCUUCUUCUUCUCCUUCUGCUUCCUCUCUCUCUUCUCUCGUCCUUGUCUCUCCUCCACGUUUACUGUCGACGGUGCCUCUGUCUGGAAAACCCCCAUUGUUCAUAUCGGCGACUCAGUCAUUUUCAGACAUAAGUACGGAUACGAUCUCUACAUCUUCAGGACCAAAGAUGCAUUCACUGUCUGCAACUUCACUCAAGCUGCUCUUCUUACAAAACCUAAUUCCACUUCCUUCACGUGGUACCCAUCAAGAACAGGCUCCUACUACUUCUCCUUCACCAACAACACUUCUCUUCCCAAAACCUGCCAACUCAACCAGAAGCUCACAGUCCAAGUCAUCCUCGCCGCCUCCGCCGCAACUCCGCCGUCACAGCCACCAACACCGGCAAUUGCCCCUGCUCCGGUCUCGGAAGGAGGAGUGAUCUCGUCUUCUCCAUCUUACCCAUGGCCGUUAGGACCAAGAGAAGGUUCAGCUUUCUCUCCGGGACCAUCUCCGUCAGAGAUCACGUCAGUGACUGUUCCCGGAAAAGACGGUGUUCCGUUCAUCAACAGUAAUCCGGCGGUUCCUCUUCCCACCGGAGAAGUCGACUCUACUUCCAUUAACCCUUUACCAACUUCCACAAACUCAGCACAUCAGGUGAUGAUGACAGUAACGGUGAAUCUAGGUUUGUCUUGUGUAGGUGUAGCCAUUUUUUUUCAUCUUUAG